AUGACGGUGUUGUUUACGAUUUCACAAGUGACGUUAUCGAUGACGGAUUGGUUUAUGAGUGUGUGGGCUCGGAACGGCCCGUUGAGCCUAGCGUAUGGGUGGGGGUACGUGGCACUCGCUGGGGCGUCCGUGGUGAUGGUCUACGGCCGUUCCAUCUUCACACUGAUCACAGCCAUGUUGUGCUCCAAGAACUUCCACUCCAAAGUCCUGCGCAACGUCCUUCGCGCCCCCGUCCCCACGUUCUUCGACGUCAAGCCGGGGGUCGCGUCCUCAAUCGAUUUUCGACCUCGAAUUUGCCGCAUUUUGGCUUGUGUGUGUGGCAGUUUGGGUUCAGCAUCCUGUCUGUGCUGGUGGUUUGCGCAGCGACGACACGUGCCUGUGGGGUACGUGUACUUUGCCGCCCAAACCGGGUACAACAAGGCGGCCAAUGAGAUCAAACGGUUGGAUGGCGUGACGAAAUCGCCGCUGAUUUCCCUUGUGAGCGAGACCUACCAGGGCCUGAGCACGAUCCGAGCGUUUGCAAAAUCACCGAGUUUUGCACACAAACAGCGCGAAGCUAUUGACUUCAACGUGCGGUUCUACGCGCGGUGGUUUCAGAUGCGGCUCGACUUUCUCGGGUCGCUUAUCGUCGGUACAUGUGCCGUCGUGACUGUUCUCACCAAGUCAUCCGUGGGACUGGCGGCGGCGGGGCUGUCCCUGACAUACUCGACGCAGCUGUCGGUGCUUCUGUCCCGAGUAGCCAUCUUUUCUGCCUGGUUGGACAACUCGAUGACCUCCGUGGAAAGAUUGAACCAUUACAACCAGUUGGAGAGCGAACAUGCGGAGGACGAAGGGGCUGACGUACAUGAUUGGCCGUCGCAAGGCGCGAUUGCAUUCGAGUCGUAUUCGAUGCGAUACCGAGACCAGUUGGAUUUGGUCUUGACCAACAUUUCGAUCAACGUUGAGCCAGGCCACCAAGUGGGCAUAUGUGGCCGGACAGGGUCGGGCAAGAGUUCGUUAAUGGCAGCUUUGUUUCGCAUGGUGCCAGCGUCGUCUGGGCGUAUCACGAUUGAUGGG